AUGCCAAAUCCAAGCAUGUAUCCUGCAGCUCAACCGCUUCGAGGACACGUCAACAUCGCUAUCGCUCAAGAAGCUCAUUCGCAGCAAGUUCCCACGAGAGACUCAACUGGAAGUGAACAGGAUGGAACACCGGUCAGAUCUGAACGUGAUUCAGAGCGAAUGCGCCACCGCAACCAACGCCGCCACUCACCGUCUCCAUCUUCAGCACCUUACGGGGUCAGAUUUCGUGCUAAUCCGCGCGAUAGUCUCUCACCCGUACGCCGCAGAAACCAUUCCAGCCCAGAAUCCAGUAGCCAUGUCGCCGACACAGACGACGAGAUGCAUAACGCACUUGAUUGCCGUCCGGUCGACGACCCCACCACCCUUACCACUUCAUCCAACCACCAACGCCCUCUUCUUAUGACUGUUAAGGCUCACAUUCGUAAUCCUAAGACGAAGACCCUUGAAACGGUCAACGUCAUGCUGGAUUCAGGAGCCCAAAACAGCUUCAUAAGCAACGCAGCCACUAAGCGCCUAUCCCUUAAACCCUACGACCACAAGCCGCUGAUCGUCAUCGGAUUCGGAGGUCAUCGUUCGACCCAAGAAUCCAGUACAGUCGACGCCACCCUCUUAGAUACCGCAAACAAACCAUUCCCCGUAACCCUACGAACUCAGGAAGUUCUAACUUCCCAGUUCAAACCAUAUCGUCUCAGUAAAGAAGACAAACACGCACUCCGCACAUUCCGCAUUAACCCAGACAGCCUUACCAUCAGUCGCCACGUUACGCCAGAUAUCCUGCUGGGUAUCGACUACUUCUGGGAGAACCAUCUAACCACAUCACCAUCUACACCACCUCGCUCUGAAGACGACAUCACCCGCCUAUGGGACCUCGACCGUUUAGGCAUAACCGAGGAUCCCGAUCCCUCUGUCGACAAGGAAGAGGACGUACGGAUCCUGAAACGUUUUCAGGAUACCGCCCAGGUGAUUGACGGCUACUUGCACGUUCAAUUUCCCUGGAAGUCAUCGCAUCCUCGCCUUGCCGACAACAAAAUGUUAGCCCUUAAGCGUCUUCAGAGCCAGUACCGUUCCUUCCAAACCAAACCAUCCCUUUGGAAAGCAUAUACCGCAACCUUUACGGACUACCUGGAGCAGGGCAUAAUAGAGGAGGUCGACGAGCACCAGUUCGACGACCACAGAGUCUAUUAUAUCCCGCAUCAGGCAGUCAUAAAGGAAACAUCGGCCACCACUAAAUUGAGAGUCGUGUUCGAUGCGUCCUCCCACUACAGAGGCGCACCGAGCUUAAACGACUGUCUCCACUCUGGCCCCGCAAUCCUACCAGACAUGGUAGGAAUCCUUCUCCGUAGCCGCUUAACACCAUAUCUCCUUAUUGCCGACGUAGAGAAGGCUUUCCUCCAGAUUCGUCUACAACGUAAUCAACGGGAUGCCACUCGUUUCCUUUGGCUUCGCAACCCUAACCUACCACCAACUGCGGAUAAUCUUCGGAUCUUCCGGUUUACCCGCGUACCAUUCGGUAUAACCGCAUCACCAUUCCUUUUAGCCGCAUCCAUACUGUAUUACCUCCAUCUUGAACCAUCGAAGCCGCUCCACAAGGAGAUCGAGGACAACAUCUACGUCGACAACAUCCUUCUUAGUGCCUCGUCCGAGCGACAAGCCAUUAAGAAGUACCGCCUUUCCAAAUCCCUAUUCAAUUCCAUGCACAUGAACCUUCGAGAGUUCUUGUGCAACUCCAACACCGUUAACCAGUCCAUAGAGCCAUCUGAUCGAGUCAAGAAUCCAUCCUCCGUGAAGCUCCUUGGUAUUCCUUGGAAUUCACGCACCGACACCCUUCUCAUACCACUUAAAACCGCAUCCGCGAAUGUGUACUCGAAGCGCACAGCGCUCAGUGCAUGUUCAUCCACCUUUGAUCCACUUGGUCUUCUCACACCAUUUUUAGUGCCCUCCAAGGUAUUCAUCCAAGACAUCUGGAAGAAGGAAUACCAGUGGGACACUCCAUUUGACCAAGAAGACCACCAGCGAUGGGACGAAUUGGUCCAGCAGCUCAAACAUCCGUUGCCACCAAUUCCACGUUUCACCGCUUCCGCAAACCGCAACACCACUUAUGAGCUCGCAGUCUUUGGAGACGCCUCACAACGUCUCUUUGCCUGUUGUGCCUACCUUAUUAGCCGCUCACCAUCAACCACUUCUUCACAGCUAAUCAUGGCUAAGUCAUUGUUAGCAACGGCUAAACUCCAGAUGACUAUGCCACGAUUAGAGUUGCUCGCAUCCCUAAUAAGUGUGCGUCUAGCACGCUUCCUCCAUCACCAACUCCAUCUUAAAAUCCGCACCAUCCACUUCGUUUCUGACUCGAAGAUAGUGCUCCAUUGGAUCCACUCGUCUCGUCCACUUAAACGAUUCGUUCAGAAUCGAGUGAACGAGAUCCGCACCAUUUUAACCACCUUCCACAAGACAGACGUUCAGACGAAGUUCUACUAUGUGCAGUCAGACUUUAAUCCAGCUGACUGUGCAACUCGUGGACUUUCGACCGCUGACGCUGUCAACCACAUCUGGUGGCAUGGACCAUCCUUCCUUCAUUCUCCACAGUCGGAUUGGCCUAAGGCCGAUACGGACUUUGCCCUACCUCAGGAUCUUUGUCCUGAGGCGGAGCACGAGUUUCAGGCCCUUAGUGUCCUUCCGACACAAGCAUAUGAAUCACCACUUCGCUUCCGUGCCACUAGUAGUUACCUUAAGCUCAUCCGUUCAACCGCGUAUGUGCUUAAGUUCAUCAAAGCCCUAUUCCUAAAAACCUGCAUCCGCAAUUACACCCUUAACCUAGCCACUGUUGUACUGUCCAAGGACGUUUCAGCCUCGGAAAUCACCAACGCAGAAACUCUCCUCAUUAUGGAGCAUUACCGCGAGGGUGAAUCCACGUUGAAACGACUACCAUUGGAUAAGUACAACGCUCACCGCGCUGCAGAUGGAUUGAUCCGAUGUCCGAAUCGAUUAGACCAUGCUCGGACUUCGUCUCAGUCAUCUGCACCAAUCCUUCUUAUUCCGGAGCACCACUUUGUCCAUCUUCUCGUUAUGUACCACCACAAAACCAGGUUCCAUUCAGGUGUUCAUGCCACAAUAGCCGCUCUCCGCACAUCAUAUUUCAUCCCUUCCAUCAAAACCACCAUCACCAGAAUCCUUCGGCUCUGUACAGUAUGUAGAAGAGCCCAAGGACACGCUUACCGCUAUCCUGAGAUGCCUAGUCUCCCUCCGGAACGAGUCAACCGCUCUAGACCGUUCCAGAAGGUUGGACUAGACUACUUAGGACCACUUUAUUAUAGAGAUCAGCUCCAUUCUCAGGCCAAGAUUUGGAUCUGUCUCUUCACCUGCAUGGCAACCCGCGCUGUACAUCUCGAGUUAGUCCACAACAACACCGCAUUCGAGUUUUUACUCGCCUUUCGCCGUUUCAUUGCUCGCAGAGGCACUCCGGACCUCAUUAUCAGCGACAAUGCCACCACUUUCCGCUCAGCCAACGAUUCCCUACAAAGCACCAUCUAUAACCGCAAAGCCAUAGAAAAGAUAUCCACUCAACUCGCCAACCGCAAGAUCGAAUGGAGGUUCAUCACUCCUCUUUCCCCAUGGAAAGGAGGAUUUUAUGAACGUCUAGUCGGUCUCUUCAAAUCCGCAUUCAAAAAAGCCAUCAAACAUACCCUAUUACCACUUUCCCAAUUUCAGACCCUGGUUGCAGAAAUUGAAGCAGUGCUCAACUCCAGACCACUUUUAUCCAUCAGUGACACAUUAUCUUCACCACACGUCCUUCGACCAAUAGAUUUCGUCUCACCGCAAGUGGAACUCCAAUUACCAUCUCCGCACCACAAUCCUCUCUACAUCCCUCCAAACCGUCUUUCCGAAUGGUACAAGGAGACACUCGCCGUAUUAAACAACUUCUGGGACAUCUGGUACAAGGACUACUUAUCCGCAAUAUCCGCACGUCACCAACACCGUAUCCAUCAAGGAAGGUCCAGUCCACUCAUUCCAUCGGUAGGAGACGUUGUUCUCAUUGCCGAUAAGAAUGUUCCACGUGGACAAUGGCCUUUAGCCAUCAUAACCACUAUCCACCGCACCAAAUCCAACAUACCCAGAUCAGCCACUGUCCGCAUUGCAAACGGUCAUGAGUUGCAGAGAUCGAUCAAUCAACUACAUCCAUUGGAGAUUUCUGCAAAGGAAGAUCCACGACCGAAGAAGAGCCGCCAACAACUGCAACCUACAUGGAUCCAACCACCACGAGCAGCCAAACGGGUACGAUUCGCACUUGGUACGAAGCGAGCGUGA